GUAAUGAAGGGUUUGGAUCAAGUGAAAAUGAGAAGGGGUACUGUUUUAACAAUUGCUGGUACUAUUUUUGUCAUCCUCUUUUCAAACCUUGUUAGCAUACUCAAGAUUCAGAACAAGGGUUCUAAGCUUGGUACAAUGACACCAAUGGAUCAAGUACUUUGGAGGACCAAUUUGCUAGAGGCUACUCUCAUGGCGUUCUCUCUCUUCCUUGCUUUCUUAAUUGAUCGAAUGCACCAUUAUAUGCGGAAAUUGAUCAAACUUAGGAGUAGUUCUGGAGAGUCGAAACAAGAAGUCGAGAGGCUUGAGAAAGAAAAGUCGCAACUGAAGGAAAAGGAAGUGAGAGCUGCUGAAGAAGUAAAAAGAUUGCAGAAAGAAAUCUCUAGUUUGACGGACAAUUUGAAUAAGAUUAAGUCGGAGUCUGCAGAAAAAGACAAGAAGGUCGAAACUGCUGAAGCUCAUGUUGUUGCUCUACAGAAACAAGCUGCAGAUCUGCUUCUCGAAUAUGAUCAUUUAUUAGAAGAAAACCAAAAUCUUCAGAACCAAGCUCAUGGUUUCCGCAGUUGAGAAACUCAAUGGAAUCAAGCUGUAAGAAAUUUUGAAAUUUGUUUUGGUAACGGAUGAUGACAAUGAUCACUAUCAGCCUGAUGUUUUAGUUUUCACGUAGCAAGGGGAUUUUAACGUCACGGUUUAGCCAGUUCAUCUAAUAUCGUUAUAGAUUUUGCAAACUUUCUCAUCUUUAUUUUGGUUUCUCCGACCCGACUUUAGGAUAUCUGUUUGGCGGUUUUUCCCGACCAGGGAGGUGACUUGAUUAUGUGGAUGAGAAGUUCACUUGUAAUGUUCUUUUGUUGCUCAGAAUGAAUAGAUUUUGUUGGAAGAACUUUGGCUCUUGCUGGAUGGGCAUUUGAUA